UUCAGUAUUUCGUCGACUGCUGUGCUGGACGGUUGAAUUUUUUUUUAUUUUCUUUUCGUAAGAACAUUUUUUGAAAGUGACUAAAUUUAACUAUCCGAAUUAAUUGCGAUAAUUUAUUAAUGCCUUUAUCGGCGACGAAUGUUUUGGUAAAUAUUUUUGUUUUGCCCACAAGUGGCUCGAGAGCGGAGGCGAUGAGAAAAAGUAUAAAUAACAACGCGGUGUUGUGCACAUGAUGAUACAAUAUAUACCAAUCGUGUUAUACCAUUUUGACGAAGAUGUGAAGAGUAGAAACACAAAAAAAAAUCGUUAUUCAAGUGAUCAAAUUAAUAAUUGAGGGUUAAUUUGAUAUUAUUUAAUUUUGUAUCGUUAAAUAAUAUCAUUGAGGCGUCAAACAAACGAUUUUAUAGAGAAAUAUAUAUAGUUACACAAAGCGGUUGAAUAUCAACGCAAUGAAUAUUCAGUGUUACACGAGUGUUUGAGCACAAUUUGUUGUACUUCACACGCAGUUAAUUUGUUUAAAUAAUUUUGUAUAAAAGUGGAUAAAUUACCGAAAAAAGGUACUUAUGUAAGCAAGAACACCGUACUUAUAUAUGACGACAAAAAGUGAUGUUCGAGACGUUGUUUGUUAGCCUUUGUUAGCCAUGGAUUAGUUUUGUAUACACAGAACGCAAUACUUAGCUGUUUAGAUGACAUCAUAUCAACUAGAACAUAAAAAAUCAUCAUCAUCGCUAUCAGAACGUCAGCCAAUAAACAAAAUUUGGAAUCGUUAACACAAGAACAACGAGCGGUGUAAACACAUUUUUCAACUAUGACUUUGUUGCUGUUUUUAAUCGUCGCUGUGCUGUGCGAUUCUGCCGUGACCGAUCGCAGAGAGGUGUUCAAUUAUACGUGUUUGCCCAAAAAUGGAGCUCAGCGUGAAAGAUUCGCUUCUCCCAGUAAAGAUCCAGUUAUUAUUCAAGUGAGCAACCACGUACUCAAUCAAAUCACAUCAAGAGUGUACGCCUUUUACCUGAAGGAACAUUUAGGAUAUAAUAAGCUCGUACUCAAUGAGAUCGAAUUCCAAGCCGAUAUGCGAGAAGAUGAUAAACUGUAUCACACCUUUGAGGGAUUGUUGAGACCAAAGAUGCCUGCGUUAAAUUUAGCUGUUUGGAUGCCACCUGAUUAUCACCGAACACCACCCGAGGUUCAAAUGGCCGGUCCAUUUGCAAACGGACGUUUCGGAUGGUUUUUCCCUAAAAAAUAUCUGAAAGAUGGUGACCUUCCAACGGUGUAUCCAUACUCGAUAUUUAGUGAGCCGAAUACAAAGUACAUUCGUCAAUUCGUGAUUGACGCAGACAUUUUGAAUGAGAUCCGAAUUUUGGCUGAUACACGAUGUCCCAACUGCACAAAAGGUAUAUACAAACCGAGCCAGUGUGAAAAAUAUGAAUGCGCUACGCUUCUUGCCCCGUUAUACAGUGAUACCGAAUUCGUGCGGCAUCACAUCGAAGAGCUCAAUUUAUAUGUGAACAUCCUUUGGUUGGGUGUUCACUUGAAAUCCGUCAUUGACGACUAUCUUAUACCGACAUACGAUGAAAGAGUUAAAGACGGUGCUAUAUCGAAGAAAUUUCUGGUCCUCCAUCGAGUUCCAUCGGAAAUUAUUAAUUCGAACGUUGAUUACGAAAUGAUUACCAUGCCACGCUGUGAGGAGAUGAUCAGCAACAGUCAUACAAAUUGCAAAUAUGAGUUGAUGCCGUUGCUGAAGUAUUAUACAAGUGGACUAACUUAUUCGAAUGCGUUGCAUUCGUCAUUUUUAAAAUUGGAUUUCGAAGAAACCGGUCUGCGAAGAGUAUUUGAAUUGUACGAUAAUGCAACGCGUCGAGCCGGUAGAUCCAAAAGCACAAGUAGUAAGAACUCAAUAACAAAGUUUUCCAGUCAGCUGAAAGAUUACGUAUCCAGUUACUACAAGAAGGUUAAGUAUGGACCGGAUAUGAAUGAACUGUACAACACCAUUGCGUGUGAGUGGAUGAAACAGAGCAAGGAUAUUUACGAUAAAUGGUUCGACGUGGAUAACGAUAUGGAAGUGAUACAUAUUGGUGGCAUUUUCCCGAUAACUGCGGCUGGAGUGGCAUAUUCGGGUUUAAUACCCGCCGUUGAGUUGGCAGAAAAUGCAAUCAACUCAAAUGCAACAAUUUUACCAAACAUUCGGCUAAGUGUACUGAAAAUGGAUGGAAAAUGCCGGGCAGACGAAGUGAUGAAAUCAUUCAUCAACAUUUACAUGAUUCCGGAUCGUGUACUUGGUGUACUGGGUCCGGCAUGCAGUGAAACUGUGGAGCCCAUUGCUGGCGUGUCCAAACAUUUUAAGAUGGCGGUGAUAUCAUAUUCAGCCGAAGGAGCUUCAUUUCGAGACCGCACAACAUAUCCGUACUUUUUCCGAACGAUUGGUGAAAAUCAACAAUACGAACACGUCUAUCUGCAGCUUAUGCAACAUCUUAAGUGGUCUCGAGUGGCGGCCCUUACAGAAGAUGGCCAAAAAUACACCGAGUACAUAUCGCAUAUGGAAAAUUAUCUCAAGGAGCAAAGCAUCGAAUUAAUUUCGAAUAAGAAAUUUCCGCGUUAUGUUACCGCAGAAGAGAUGAAUCGGAAUCUUAAAGAGUUACAACAGAAGAACGCUCGAAUCAUCAUAGCGGACGUUUACGAUGAACGAUCGGAAGUCAUUAUGUGUGAAGCGUACAAAUUGAAGAUGACAGCCAAAUACGGAUACGUUUGGUUCCUUCCGAUUUGGCUAUCCAUGAAAGCUGCAGAUGCAAAUCAAACAAUCAACACAUCGUGCACCCAUGCCCAAAUGGUUGAAGCAAUGAACGGACACUUUUCGUUACAACAUGCACCGUACGCAGAUGAUAGCAUCAUAAUGCAAGAAAAUAAGACCGUUGCGGAAUGGAGAGUUGAUUAUGAAAAAUACUGCGCAGAAUCGGAUAUGUACAAUAAAAAUAAAUAUCAAUCAGUUUAUGCCGGUUAUGCAUACGAUGCGGUGUGGGUGUACGCCUUUGCGCUCAAUCAAAUGAUAAAAGAAGAUUCAUCGUGUCUGAGCGAUCUACACUCGGAAAAUACAACCAAGCGUCUAAUGGAAGUGAUCAAAGACACGGACUUUGUUGGUGUUUCUGGUCGCAUUAGAUUCGGAGAAGGCGCAUCUCGAUUUUCCGUUAUCAAUGUGUUGCAGUGGUUCAACGGACACAGUACAAUAGUUGGCAGUUUUUAUCCAAAUACAUCCGAAUCACAUGACAUGCGAGACAGGAAACUUGUUGGCGGGAAAUUAGUUUUACACAAAUCCAAUAUCACAUGGCUGUAUGGAACGAUUCCGUCGGACGGUUCAGAGACGUGUGCAAUCGGUGGAUUCGCUGAUCUCCUUGGUUUGGACUGUAAAAAUGCCUCUUAUUUCGUGGUAACAUUCGUUUGCGUAAUAUUCGUGAUUUUGUUGUCGCUGGCUUCAUUUAUGUUCUGGAAGCGACAGUACGACCAAAAGCUUAAGCAGUCCGCAAAGGUUAUGAGGACAUUCGGAAUAGAUCUACUGUCUCAGACAUCGAUUCCGAGUAACUCUUUGGACAAAUGGGAAGUUCCAAAGGAACGUGUGGUGAUAAAUCGUCGAUUAGGUGAAGGUGCUUUCGGUACGGUCUAUGGUGGCGAAGCUCAAAUAAAUGAUCAAGCUUGGACCGCUGUUGCUGUCAAAACCCUUAAAAUGGGUUCAACUAUUGAGGAUCGAUUAGAUUUUCUUCAAGAAGCAGAAGCAAUGAAGCGUUUCGACCACAAAAAUAUAGUUAAGCUGCUGGGAGUGUGUCUGCAAACCGAGCCCAUCUAUACGAUCAUGGAGUAUAUGCUUUACGGUGAUUUGAAGACGUAUUUAUUAGCUAGACGGCAUUUGGUUGGAGAAAAGGCAGACAAAGCCAAUGACGAUUCGGAUAUUUCUCCUAAACGACUAACUACUAUGGUUCUAGAUAUUUCCAAAGCUUUGGCGUAUCUAGCUGAACAUAAAUAUGUGCACAGAGAUGUGGCUUGUCGUAAUUGCUUGGUGAACGCACAACGGCUGGUAAAACUUGCCGAUUUUGGAAUGGCUAGGCCAAUGUUCGAAAGUGACUACUACAAAUUCAAUAGAAAAGGAAUGCUACCCGUUCGAUGGAUGGCACCAGAGUCUCUCGGCCUGGGAAUUUUCUCUCCAGCGUCAGAUGUCUGGUCAUUUUCUGUCCUGCUGUACGAAAUCAUUACUUUUGGCUCAUAUCCAUUUCAAGGGCUAACGAAUAACCAGGUGCUGGAACACAUCAAAGCUGGAAAUACGUUGCCCAUACCGAGCGGAGUGAAACCUCAUCUUGAAGGAUUGAUGAAAGCAUGCUGGAAUGUUUCGUACAAAAAACGGCCCACAGCACUGGAUAUAUCUGAGUUCAUCAGUAACUAUCCACGUUUGAUAACGCCGUGUCUGGAUGUACCACUAGCAUCGGUACAAAUGGCGGAAACCGAAAGCGAUGAGCUGGAAUUAUUGCCCGGUUUCCGCAAGCGUAAUCUCACACCGCCCACACUAAACGGUUUGAUCAAAUCGACCGAAACAAAUAAUUUCGAUCAAACCACCACAUCGACAUUGCCAAAUGGCAUCACUCUCAGGGACUUUAAUGUACCACCCGAUGUUAUGUUCAGCAGUUUAACGUCGAACGCUUACAAUCCAAUCGAGCCACUACUGAAAGGCGAUGCGGCUGAAGAUAUAUCGCGGAGUUCUUUAAGUUUGCGACGUUACGUUCCGAUGUGCGGCUUUAAGAGAAGUAAUCGAUCGUUAAUUAUGGACACAUCGAAUUUGUAAGUUGUGCAUCUUAUAUAUAUCAACGAUUAACACUGAUGAUGAUAGAUAUGGAAGAGACUUUCGUUUAAAUUAUUUUUUUGGUGUCUAGUCAUAUAAAAACAAUGGUUAGUUAUUGCCAUGGAUGAGCAGUGAGAGAGGCUUAUUCACUAACUACUAUUAACUGAAUGAAUUAAUUAAUUUAAGUACACACCACAUGCAUUUUUUUUAUUUAAAUUUAUAUUUCCAUUUUGGUUGCUAGUUUUAUAAAGAAAAAUUUUGUUGCGAUUUUCAUGGACCGUUCGUUUUUCAUUCAUUGCCUUUUAACGAGUAAAGGUUCAUGGAAUCGACCAUUUAUUUUGCAUUUUUUGUGGUACAAAAAAGAGUGUCUUUUCUUCCUGUUUAAGCUGUCCGUGUUCUCCAAGCAUCAAAACCUCCAAGAGAAUUUGUAUUUGUUUAAACAAUCACAAAAAACUUUGAUUGUACUCCACCUCUUCUGAGCGUAAAACUCUCGUUACCCUCCGAGGCUUGCUCCCAUAUCCCGCACUAUAGUUCAAAAAUUUAGAAAAAGGAAAAAGUUACGUUGCCCAAGAUUUCUUAUCCAAUGUGUCUGACUUUGAAGUAAAAAUAAUUUGACAAAAGAAAAAAUCAAUACGUAAAAUGGUGGUCGGAAUGUCGAUGAUGAAAUUUAAAUAAGAAACAACUCUGAUUGAAAAUCAUGUGCCAUAUUUAUUUCAUUGUUAAACAUAGUUUCGUUUCAUUUAGAAUGUAAUACCCCCAUAACAACCAUGUACCCAAAAUUAUUCUAGAGAAUAGAAAUUAAUCAUUUUCAUGAAGACGAAUUGUAAUCAAAGACUGACAAUUUUAGUUAGGCAUAGUAGUACUCGAUAAUUUAUU